AUGCUCUCCAAUCCUCCUCAAUCGGGCGGCGGCAUGCACCCGCGCCAGCGCCAACACCGAAGACAAAUCUCCACACCCACAGCCUUUGAAGCCGUCAAGAUCGCGCCACUGCCCAACUUUUCCCAGCAGCAGCAACAACAACGCCAACCUAUUGCCCACCGACGAGGUCUGAGCCUGGAUACUCGACGACAGCAGCAAUUCGUGCCCACGACGCCCACAUCAUCCUCUGCUCGGCAAGAAUAUCUCGCUGCUCGACAUGAGUACAGCAACCAGAUGGCAGCGAUGCCGCCAGUUUCUUCCUCCAGCCCGGCCGUUCCCACCACACCACAGCAAAUCCUUCGAGAGAACCAGCAGCGACAAAGCCUGUCUCGUCCUGGCACGUCCGGCACCGACCACAGCGACACCUCGUCCAACCACUCGUUCCAGUCCUUCCAUGACAGCAGCGACGCCUUUCUCGUAUCGCCAAACGUGACGCCCAACAACCAGCGGUUCGUCGAUGCCCUGGCCAGCCCUGCGCCAAUGGUGGAGAUGAGUCCCCUGCCGUACGAAGCUUACAUGAACUCGAUGGGCAUGAUGAAGAACCAGGCCGCGUUUGGCAGCAACAGUGGGAUCGACGUUGGUGGGGGUAGUUUUGACUUUUACGCCCAGGGGGAUAGUGCGCUUUCCACGCCGACGUUUCUUACUUUUCCCGAUUCUAGUCCUGCGAGCACGGGUCAGGGUGGGUGGAUUUCGGAGGGGGAGACGGGGUCUGCGCAGAGCCGUAGGAACUCACGCAGGAUAAGCAAUGGGAUUAGUGAUAAGGUGGCCAAGUUUGAGAAUAUGAUGAACAACGGCGGCGACCUUCAACAUCGGCCGGUGACACCUUCCAAUCAUCAUCAGUUUGUUGCGGGAGGGGAGAUUAACCAGUGGGCUGCCGGGGUGGACAAUGAAAGUUUUCCUCCGACCCCGACUGAGAUGCCGGCGGAGCAAGAGCAGCAGCAACAGAUCCCGAGCAGGUUUCGCGAUGAUUAUGAUGAGAGUAUGGAGGAGACGCUCAAGCCUGUGAGGGGGAAUAAGCAUAAUAAUCGGAAUUCGGGGAUUUUCCAGGAGCUGAGGCAGCAGGCGGAGCAGCAAGCUGCUGCUGCUGCUGCUGCUGCUGGCGGUGUCAGUCAGACACCGCCGCCGACGGGAGGGGUGAUGGGGGCCUAUGGUGGUGGGAUGCAGCAGGGGUUGACGACGCCAGAGUUUAUGAACAUGCGGAGCAUGAAUGCCGAGUUUGUUAAGAUUGAGCACAAUUUUGAUGGGUUUCACUUUGGAAUGGCAGGAGGAGGGACGAUGGCGCCGCAGAUGGGGGGUUUGGUUGGGACGGCUGCUGCCGGGGGUAUGAUCAACCCGGGUGGUGGUGGUCAACUGGAUGGUGAUGGACAGAAGGCGACGCUGCAGCACAUGCCGCUUACGGCGGCGAGUCUGUCGCGUCAUAGCUCGCCUCAUCCAUCGUCGUUGCAUCAGCACCGCCGAACGGAGUCGAUUGCUUCUCUGGCGUCUGCGGCGUCGAUUGCCUCGAUCAACAUUGAGGAGACAAAGACUGAUACGGGGGUCACGCUGGAUGACAUUGCGCAGUAUAUCCAGGGACCUGACCCUUCGGAUGGGAAGUGGGUGUGCUUGUACGAGGAGUGCAACAAGCGGUUCGGGCGGAAGGAGAAUAUUAAGAGCCAUGUCCAGACGCACCUGAACGACCGCCAGUAUCAGUGUCCGAGCUGCCACAAGUGCUUUGUGAGGCAGCAUGAUUUGAAGAGGCAUGCCAAGAUUCACACGGGGAUCAAGCCUUAUCCGUGUGAGUGUGGGAAUAGCUUUGCGAGGCAUGAUGCGUUGACGAGGCAUCGGCAGAGGGGGAUGUGCAUUGGGGCUUUUGAUGGGAUUGUGAGGAAGGUGGUGAAGAGGGGGCGGCCGAGGAAGGACAGAGGGGAGGGGGGGGAAACAGAGAGGAGGGAGAAGAAGGAGAGGGUUAGGAAGGGGAAGAGGGAGGAUGGUGGGGGGGAGGAGAUGAGCAGUGCGAGUAGUCAGAGUGGGUAUAGUGAGAGUUGCUCGAGUGUUGGGUCGCCGACGGGGUAUGAGGAGGACUUUCCGGAUAUUUUGGAUGUGGCGAUGACGGGGGGUGGUAAUGGGGUGAGUGGGACUGCGACGAUGGAUCCGGGGAGUUUGAGUUUGGGACCGCCGGGCGGUGGGGGUGGUGGUGGGUUGAGUAAUGCGCGGAUGCCGCCUGUUCAUCCGAUGUAUAAGGGGACGACAACAAGUAUGGAGGAACAGGUCAGGAGUCCGAGCGCGAUGAGCAAUUACAGCCGUGCCUCAUCGAGGCUUUCUGGGAGGAGGGGGACGGCCGGGGAGGAGUUUGUGCCGCCUCGGCGACAUGGGUCUCCGGCGAAGAGCACGGCGAGUUAUCAUACUCCGCCGGAGCUGUCGAGUAGCUCUUCGCCGCCGCCGACGGGGACGAGUGGGAGAUUUUUUGAGGAUGGGGACAGUCAACAGCAGCCGGUUUCGACGGGGGUGUGUAUGCCCGGCUUUGUGAGCUUGGAUAAUGACAUGUUGAUUGGGUUUGGGGGGGAGGGUGGUCAUCCGCAUGGGUUGGUCGUGCCGGUGCAGUUGGAUCAUGGUGGGCAUCAUGGUGUGCCGGGUUCGAUGGGGAUGCAGCAUCAGGGGUUAAUGUCGACGUUGGGAGGCAAGUUUGAUCCUGAAGGGGAGUAUGAGCAGAUGGGGAUGUUUGGGGGAAUGAAUGGGAUGGGGGUGCCGGGCGGGGAUGUGUUCUUUUCGGGGAACUGA